UCACUUACCUUGAAGUUCAAUUGCACAGUGCAAUUCCAAAAGUUGAAGCUAGUAGUAAAGUCGCACUGGUGAUUCGAAUUUGUAACAAUGUAACACAUUACGCAAAUCCUUCCGUUUGGCUCCCCUGCGCACUAGUGGCUGGUCUUCACCCCAGCACUCUGGUCCCUGGCGGGUCGCAGGGAUAUGUAAGCAUGGCUAGUCUCUCUCGCUGUCUAUGCGCUGCGACUUCCACGAUGAGAUCACCAUGUCACUCACGGGAAGGUUUCAGAAUCUCGACAUCCUCUCCUUGGUCCUCUCUUCACCAGUUGUUAUUCCGAGGUCUUUGUCUGAUCUCAGUUCGGCGACCGUCCUUGGAGGCUUGGACCACCAAGUACAGCGACCAAGAAUGGGACAUGCACAUGAGCCAGUUGGUAGGGCAAAUUAAUAGCAAUAGUGUUGAGUGCGGAAUACUUUCGGCCGCGGCUGCCGUGUUUUUAACGACGCCACCUCCCCUGCAAUCAGUCCCAAGUCAUGCAACCACUCCUUCAUGUGUCCUUGUGCUCGUAUCAUUUGCUUAUGCACUUGGUAGCAUUCUCACUGGCACUGCUGUGAUAGCAACACGCCAGUCCUGCGGCAGGAUCCGGUCAAGGGAAGCAAGCAAUCAUCUACUAAUGUGUACUACUUCCUCUGACGCGGUGCAUGUUCUGUCAGCAACACGUCUUUGUUUUUAUCUCAUCCUGCUUCUCAUGGUUUGGCGGUCAGUCUCUGUUUCUGUCGAUAAUUUUCCUUACGACCUUGUUAACACCCAGCGUGAUCCAGCUCCGGGCUGCGGUGGGGCUGAAGCUUAUGUUAUGGAUAUGGGCUUUACCCGCCUUCAUAUUUACCCCCGCGAAAGCCGCAAGCUGAUCAAGGAGCGCCAAAUCAAAACACGCCCGCUUCACCACUGAAAGGCUCUCGCAUCGAUGGCAUCUGAAAAUGAGGGCUCAGUCUUCAGUCCCGACACUUAGGCUACCUAAGAGCAACUCUGA